CUCUCUGCAUCCGGGUCAGGCGCGCCGCUGCUGCUACAGCUGCAGCCGUAACCGGGGUACUUGUGCCUGGGUCUCCACUGCUGUCCGAGGGGAGCGGGCUCCGCUCGGCGCUACCUUCUGCGACCUGGCCGUCAGCUCCACGUCGCCGGCCUGGAGGGGCGAAGAAGACGAGGGGGCCAAGGCUUCCUCCGGGGACAUUGGUUCUGUGGAUUAUCAGGGGUUUGUAGUUGACAUUGAGUCCAAGCUGAGGAUGGAAGGUGUGGAACUUAAGGAAGAAUGGCAGGAUGAAGAUUUUCCAAUACCUUUACCAGAAGAUGAUAGUAUUGAAGCAGAUACAUUAGCUGUAACUGGACCAGAGAGCCAGCCUGGCUCACUAGAAGUUAAUGGAAAUAAAGUGAAAAAGAAACUAAUGGCUCCAGACAUUAGCCUGACCCUGGAUCCUAGUGAUGGCUCUGUCUUGUCAGAUGAUUUGGAUGAAAGUGGGGAGAUCGACUUAGAUGGCUUAGACACCCCAUCAGAGAACAGUAAUGAAUUUGAGUGGGAAGAUGAUCUUCCAAAACCCAAAACUACUGAAGUUAUCAGGAAAGGCUCAAUUACCGAAUACACAGCAGCAGAGGAAAAAGAAGAUGGACGACGCUGGCGAAUGUUCAGAAUUGGAGAACAAGACCACAGGGUUGACAUGAAGGCCAUUGAACCCUACAAAAAGGUUAUCAGUCAUGGAGGAUAUUAUGGGGAUGGAUUAAAUGCCAUUGUUGUGUUUGCUGUCUGUUUUAUGCCUGAAAGUGGUCAACCUAACUAUAGAUACCUGAUGGACAAUCUCUUUAAGUAUGUCAUUGGCACUUUGGAGCUGUUAGUAGCAGAAAACUACAUGAUAGUUUAUUUAAAUGGUGCAACAACUCGAAGAAAAAUGCCUAGUCUGGGAUGGCUCAGGAAAUGCUAUCAGCAAAUUGAUAGAAGGUUACGGAAAAACCUAAAAUCUCUAAUCAUUGUACAUCCCUCUUGGUUUAUCAGAACACUUCUGGCUGUUACAAGACCAUUUAUUAGCUCAAAAUUCAGCCAAAAAAUUAGAUACGUCUUUAAUUUGGCAGAACUAGCGGAACUUGUCCCCAUGGAAUAUGUUGGCAUACCAGAAUGCAUAAAACAGUAUGAAGAAGAAAAGUUAAAAAAGAAACAAAAAAGAGUUGAUCAAGAGCUUAAUGGAAAACAAGAUGAACCAAAAAGUGAACAGUAAGUUUGGCAUCUAGUCCAAACAAGACUGAAGAAUGUACUGAUGAAGCAAUGCUCUUUUUUGCAUUUAUAAUGCAUUUAUCGACCCAGAUUUUUAUGUUACCUGUUAAAAAAUUGACUUGACUUUUUCUCAGUGGACUUUUGUAUAAGGGACUGUUCACUGCUGUAUUAGUUUGCAAAUCUCUUGAAUUUAGCUCUUUACUAGCUAAUUAUAUGGUAAUCAUUUUAUAUUUUAUAUUGCUAAAAGAAGAGAACCACACUUUAUAUAAAGCAGUUUUUGCAUUUGUUUAUUGAACGAUGCAUCUUCAGUAAAAUAUUUAUAUGCCUAAUUGGUAAAGGAAAGAGAUAAUAUAUAUUUUUAUGUUUCAAGCAAUAUUUUUUAAUGUAUACCUGUCUUGUAGAAGAAUAUACAGGUAAAUAAGACUAUGAUUUUGUAAAGUGCAUGUUGGAGUUUUUUGUGUUUUGUAAAUGGUUAACUGCAUUUCCUGGGUAACUUAAAAAAUAAAGUGUCUCAUAAGGUAAGGGACAGUUCAACUGGUUAUCAUGAAUACCCAAAGGUCAUGUAUAUAAUCUAAGUAGAUUAGUAUCAUCCCAAGCUUUUUUAUCAGUUAACAUAUAUUGUUCCUUAAUUCAGAAGCACAAACACAAGUGCAUUGCACACUUUUUUUUUUUAACUUAAAGACAACUUAAAAAGCCAGUUUUAGAAGUAGAAAAUUUAAGAGGCUAAGAAUUGAGGUGUAUAUGUAUAUGUAUAUGUAUAUGUAUAUGUAUAUGUAUAUGUAGGACAUUUUAUCUGCUGGCCAAAAGUUAAACCUUUAUAAAAAUCUUUGAUUUGUUCACUAAUGUGAAAUAAGCUGUGCCCAGGGUAUCACUCUCCUGAAUCCGUGUGAGUGCAGUGUACUAUUUGGAGAAUGUGCUGAGUUAUUCACUGUCACUUCUCUUCUGUAGAAAACAGGAGCUGCUCUUUUAACUGCUCUUCAUCUGGGCACGUUACCAAAAUACUUCCAUAUCAGUUAUUUGAACUUGGUAAGUGUUUGACCUAAGUCAGACAUGGUGUGUUAUAUUCUAGAUCUUAGAGUAUCAUUAUAUUACACUAUUUUGGAUGAUACAUUUGAUACAGCAUAUAAACUCCUUGUUUAAUUUGAUAAGUACCUUGACUCACAUUGAAAUAAAUUGUACUUAUGCCUCCAAACAAUUAAAUUUACACACAGAAUCAUCCCAAAACAA